UCUUCCUCAGUUGGCCUCAAGGGCUGCUGGAAGCCAGUCGGGGCGAAGUCAGUCUGCUCAGUUCACAGCACCAGCACCAUGCCUAUGACACUGGGUUACUGGGACAUCCGAGGGCUGGCCCACGCCAUCCGCCUGCUUCUAGAAUACACAGACACAAGCUAUGAGGAGAAGAAAUACUCGAUGGGAGAUGCUCCUGACUAUGACAGAAGCCAGUGGCUGAGUGAGAAGUUCAAGCUGGGCCUGGACUUCCCCAAUCUGCCCUACUUGAUAGAUGGAGCUCACAAGAUCACCCAGAGCAAUGCCAUCCUGCGCUACAUUGCCCGCAAGCACAACCUGUGUGGGGAGACAGAGGAGGAGAAGAUUCGUGUGGACAUUUUGGAGAACCAGGCUUGGGACACUCGCAUACAACUAGGCACGAUUUGCUACAGCCCUGAUUUUGAGAAACUGAAGCCUGAGUACGUGGAGGGCAUUCCUGACAAGAUGAAGCUCUUUUCCCAGUUCCUGGGGAAGCGGCCAUGGUUUGCUGGGGACAAGAUCACCUUUGUGGAUUUCCUGGCUUACGAUAUUCUUGACCAGCACAGAAUGUUUGAACCCAAGUGCCUGGAUGCGUUCCCCAACCUGAAGGACUUCAUGUCCCGCUUUGAGAGCUUGAACAAGAUCUCCACCUAUAUGAAGACCAGCCGCUUUCUCUCUAGACCUGUGUUUACGAAGAUGGCCCUGUGGAACCCCAAAUAGGACGCACAGCUGUCCUUACUGGCUCUGGGACCUUGGAAACAGAUCCAGACCAGACCUGCAACUUGAGACAGUUUUAUCAUCCUUUCCCUGAAAAACCUAAGCAAUUCCAUUGUACUUAAGACUCAAUCUCAGUUCUGCGACUUAACCCAUGGCCCACUUUAGCCCCAAUGCUAGGAAUUUUUGACAGAAAGCCAGGCACAAUUCUUGGAGCCAUAGAUGGCGUUUGCUUAAGGCAGGUGUUAGCCCCCAAGUGACUUUGCCCCUGAGUGACCAUGAGCUAAGAGUUUCAGUUAAAACUAUAUAAUGUUCCCACCAACCGGUUCUUCAGAGCCCAGAACAAAACAUGCCAUGCAUACUGUUGGUCCAGGUAUGACUCAUAACCAUUUGUGGUCAAGCUGUGGACCAAGGAUAUUUUUUGUAAAGGUCAACCAAUCGUAUUUGCCCACCUUAGCUUGUUUGAAAUGUUAACCAAUCAUGUAAUUUCUUAUGUAAAACUUCCUUAAAGUUGUUUGUUCAAAACUAUAAAAACUUCGCUGAUUUUACGCUCGGGCCUCUUAGCGUCACCAGUUGCCGGGUGUGCGGAGGACUAAGCUGGAGCUUGCAAUAAACGACUCUUUGCUGUUUGCAUU